AUGCCUACUUUCGGCACUUUCUCUCUGGUCGGAUGGCUUGCCAUCCUGCUGGUCAUGUUCACUGGCAUCUUUGAUGCUGGCUUCCCGGUCCCCAGUGCUUUCGCCAUGGACACCGGUGCGGUCACUGAACGUGAUGUUGACAAUCUGCCUUACAUGGUCAACCACCUGUUCGCCCGUGCUGAAACUGUGACUGUGACUGCGACUGAGUGCGAGCCUACCUCCACUCUGACCACGAUUGAGAUCUCGCUGCCUCCUUUCAUUAUCCCGGGUACGAGCACUGUCUCUGCUCCUGAAGGUGGUAUUUCGACUGUUCACAUCACUCUCCCGACCACGGUCGCUACCACUGUCUCUGGUCCUGGAGGCAUCUCGACUGUGCACAUCACUCUUCCUGGCCUAGUCCCAAUCCCUACCACUUUGCCUGCUCCUGAGGGUGGCAUCUCAACUGUUCAUUUCACUAUUCACCCAACAGUUGAGGAGCUAUCCACCUUCAACACCGCGACUCACCCCAUCCCUGCCAAGACAGUCACCAGCGGCAGCAAUAACACUGAGUCUGUGGUCCCGCUGCACUCUGUCAAGACCACUGGUGCAAUGACCCUCAUUAACAGCACCCAGGCUCCCUCGGUUACUGCCCACCCCAACGGUGCUUCCUUCGCCAAGGGCAUCCACAACCACUCGGUUCUUGUUCUGGCUGUUGGUCUCGCAUACCUUAUGUGA